AUGCCGACAAGCAAGUACAACGGCACCACAGAUCCCGAAAACCAUUCUACCGCUUUCGAGCAACACAUGAUGUUGUACUCAGAUUCAGACGCAAUGUGGUGCAAGGUGUUCCAAACCACCCUGUCAGGAGUUGCGGCUGAUUGGUACAAGAAAUUACCUGCAGGGUCGAUAUUUAGUUUCAGGCAGAUACAUGAGGAUUUUGUGAGACGUUUUAUCAGUAAGGUGGAGAGGAAGAAGACAUCUGGAGAACUGAUGUCGAUUUCACAUAAGCAUAAGGAACCUUUAAGAGAGUACUUGACCCGUUUCAACAAUGAAUCCAUCACCAUACCCGAUUUCCAGCAGGAGAUAACAGUUUUGGCCCUGUUGAGAGGAAUGCAAGACUGCGAGCUUAAGAAAUAUCUAGGGAGGAAAUCGUUUACCACCCUAGGGGAGGAUUUGAAGAAAGCAAACGAAUACAUCAGGAGCGAUGAGUUAAUGCUGAUAUCACAUCCGACGAUGGGAGGACAGACAGCCCCACCUGCUAGAAAAGAUCAGCCUCCAUCACAUCAACGGAUGGAUAGGUCAGCCGCUUGGAGAAAGCCGUUACCAUUGGAUACUCCAGGUAACUCAAAAAACUUUUGUGUUUUCCAUAACGAUCACGGUCAUUACACAGAACAUUGUAAAGAGCUGAGGGAUAACAUCGAAGAGCUGGUAAGAAACAGAUAUAUGUCCCAGUACAAUGCCCGUCAAGACCAUAGCAGUGGAAAUAGUAGACAACAGAGCCAGCAACAUCAUGUCCCCUAUGUCCCCACUCAGUCAGGAUAUUCUCAGCCUGCUAGUAGAAUUGAGCAAGCACCACCAACUAGACAGGAGAUUCGAUCCCAACUAGAGUCGAGUAGAGACGGGGCUGAUAGGGGAAAGAAGCCUACUGUUUGGGUCAUCUCAAGAGGGCCAAUACACGGAGGCACGAUCAUCGGGUCAACUCGGGUCGCCGGUUUGUCAAGAUCAGCAUGCGUCUCCUUGUCUACAGAAGUCAACUCCGCACACUCAUUAGAAAUCUUCUAA